AUCCUCCACCAGGAGGACAUUGCUUCGUUGGCAUUCACGGGAGCAACGCAGUGUUUGCUUUGAUAGUUGAACUAUUUUUAAGGCAUUUCUCUUUUAAUGUUGUAUCAACUGUAAUUUAAGUCGCCGCCCUCGACUCGUAUCCAUUGUUUGCUUACCGUUGUUCCGUGUAGUUUGUCACCUUUCGCUGUGAUCGAGUGUGUGCCGUUCGAGGAUUGUAUAGUGCGUCCCUGUCAGGCCGGGUGUGAGUUCGCUUGAAGUUGCGACAAUUUUAGCUCGUUCUUUAUAGUUAAGAAGUCAUUUUAAUUGUGUACCGUACCGUUAGCGUAUUUGCGUCCUUUAGUCGCGUCAGGAACCAAAGCGAUUGAAGGUUUUUUAUUCCACAAGUCUAGCGAGACUUGAGUGUGUGUAGUAGUGAUCGUAGCUGUGUGUUGGUGCGCUUGUACGGAACGUGCAAAUUUAUCAAAGCCGUAUAUAUUUAGUCAACUAGAGUUAUUUAGAAAGGUGCGCCUGAAUCUUCAGUUCUUUAGGGAAAGAAGCUCCUGAGAGCUACGAUUUAGCAACUUUAUUUAAUUGUCUUCCGGAAAGCCCGAAUCUUCAUCGAUCAUCCCGAUCGUUUGCUUGCGCUUGUGACCAUGAAUAACAGCAACACCAACACGUACUACGACAGGCAAUCCUUCCCGGAUCUGGUGGCAAACCUGGCGGCGGAAAAUACCAAGAUGUACAAUAUGCGGCAAUCGUACAACGGCCAGGGUGGAGGGUAUAAUAUGAAGAAUUAUAACUAUUACCAGCAAUCCACACCCUAUGUGCCGCAAAUGUACGGCAACUGCUUUCCGAAGCAACGGUACGCACCGUAUCCGAAUCAGCAGUUGGGUGGAAAUAUGAACGUGGGUCCUAGCAACUUCACAAUAGCGACAAAUCAUAGUAACCUGUCACAGCCGCUACUGACUCCACAUUCGCAGCAACAGCCGCAGCAUUCAUCGUUGUCAUUUCAAUCGGCAAGCACUAGUAGCAGCAGCACCAGCAGCAGCAGCGUCUGCCAGCUGCCGGUUAAUAAAUCACUCAACUCCUCGCUCAACAGUAGCAGCUAUUCCGACUCGGGUAAGAAUUCCACGUUCUUCAGCAGCAACCAGAGUGGCUGCAGUAGCCCGCACCAGAGCAACUACUCCACCGACAGUGGCAGUAUGGCAACUAGCAGCAGCAGCAGCAGUGUGAUCAACACCACCAACGGUAGCCUCGGGACGUGUUCCGGCUCGUCCGGUUCGUCGGUAUCACCGAUCGCAUUGCAGGAUCAAACAGCACCAGCACCACCAACACCGUCGGUACAGCCACUACUACCGGCAAUAGUAUUGCCGGGAUGUCCAGGUUCGGGGAUCGAACCACCCGAUCAGAAGGAGAUGGUGGUGCUGCAGAUAAGCAAUUUGGAUUCGACUAUCGAAGAGCACAAGAUGCACCAAUUUUUGAUGUGUCAGCUAAAACCCAUUACGCCGGUUAUAUCGCUGACGAUUGAAAGUCCUUCGCUGGCGAAGGUGAAAGUACCCACGGCACAGUGUGCCAAGCAGGUGGUGGCGAAUCUGCAUCGCAAGAAGAUCGGCCACAAGCGUAUGGUCGUAUCGUACAUUAAGGAUCCGUCGUCUGCCGAAUCUUCGGCUCUCCGGUGCCAGGUGGCCGGUUUACUCAAGGAUGUCCCCUUCUACAGUCUGCCCAUUAAUCGUUUCCGGGAGCUGUUCCAAUCGCGCUUCAAGUCAUCGAUCAGCGUACUCGAUCUUUACCGUAUGCCGGACAUUUGCGCUAUAUCGCUCGACAAGAACGAUGAGAAGCACAUCUCCCUACUGCCCGCACUGAUUGAUUCGCUAAAGAACAAUUCGCUGGUGGAGACGUCGCAGCACAGCGUACCGUACUGCAUGCACCACUUUAAGCAGGAGAAAGAAAAAGGCUGGGCAGAGCAGGAGAUUGAACCGCUGCCCAACGUGAUGAUGCCCAUUAAUCAGUUGCAGGCGCUAGUGUAUUCGCUGCUAAAGUCGCACAAGAACGACAUUCCAGUGGCGAGCAUUCUGUACUGCAUCGAGCACGAGAUGCAGGUGAAGAUAGUCCCGAAUGAUAAUGGUGUGCCGUUGGAGCACUUGCUGUGUUGCAUCCGAGGUGUCCAAAUAGCGAACAAUAGCUUCGGAAUAAAGGUGCUUUCGUGGAUGGACCACGAGCAAAACUCCACCAAGGAUAACGAUGAUGCUUGGUCCGUGAAUCUGCGCUACAUGCCGAAAAGUCCUUCCAACGAAUUUCUACAGCAGAUUUCGCGUGAGGUAGUCGAGCUGAUCAAGAUGUCGCCUAAAUCGACCAUGAAAUUCACCCGCUUCAUUCCCGCCUAUCACAAUCAUUUUGGCAAACAGUGUCGCGUGGCUGAUUACGGGUACACGCGGCUAAUCGAGCUGUUCGAAGCACUAUCGCCAGUCGUACAAGUAAUGGGCGAUGGCGAAAAUCGUCACAUUACGCUAACGCACCGCACACAGAUUCGUCGGUUCACGAACGAUCUGCUGAAGAUUUUGCGCAACCGGACGAAUAAAUCCAUUCUGCUGUCCCAGCUGUCGAUGGUAUUUACGCAUGCACAGAACCGGCCGUUCGAUGUGACCGAUUACGGUGUAUGCAACAUGUUCGACAUUGUGGAUGGGCUUAUGUACAGUAGCGCCAUCACGACGAAGGUACAGAGCGAUAGAGACGUGUUGAUUUCGAUCGUCAAGCGCAAACAAACUCUCACCGAGCUGGACAAGACGAGCGUUUUUGCGGGCGAAGUCGUAGAGCUGUUCCGGAAGGCGCCCCAGUUCUCGAUCCUGUUCAAGAAGUUUGUCCGGUCGUACCAUUAUCACUUCGGAUACCAAUGCCGGUUGAGCGACUAUGGGCUGUUGAAGCUAGCGGAUCUGUUGGAAGCCAUCAGUGGGAUUGUCGAGAUGGAACAAACCAACGAUGAGGAUCGCAAGAUCUAUCUCAACUAUCAGGUAGCGCUGCGAAUCUUUGCCGAGCAAGUGCAGGACAUUAUCAAGACGUACACCGGCAAACCGUGCACCGUCGUGCGAUUGAGCGCCAUUCUGCACAUCCACAAGAAUCAGUACGGAUAUCAACUGCAGCCAAGCUGUCUGGGGUUCAGCAACAUGUACGAUGCGAUGAAAGCCCUACCGUACACGGAAGUAUUCGAAUCCGGUGGCGAAUACAUGGUGAUUUCUCAUUUGGAAGAUCCUGCCUUUCGGAUGCACACGUAUGCAGUCUGCAUGGUGAUGGUGGAGUUUCGCAAAGCUCGCGUGUCCUUGUCGGAGCUCAUGCGUAGCUAUCACCUACGGUUUAAGGAGUUCCUGAACGAGAAAAACAUUAGCAGUAUGAAGCAUGCGUUGACGAUCGAAAUGGAUAAGGGCUUGCAAACGGUCACGAUGACGGCGUUGAUGAAGUUUGUCAUGCGAAUGGUACAAGUGGUCAAACAGCGCUCGUCGAUCAGUGUGUAUGACCUGAAGCUGGCAAUGAAUGUAUCGCUGGGAACGUGCUUCGAAUUCGGAUAUCCCAAUCUGGUGGCGGUGCUGAAUGCAUUUUCCGAUGUGUUUGUGGCGAGCGGCAAUUCUACUUUCAUUAGUGAUAAAAGUGACAUUGAACUUAAUCGCGACUGUAUUUUAUCGAAGGCAUGGUAUGCUUCACAAGACGGUUCAUCCCUAAAAGGCCCAUCAUCCCAGGGGAAUUUGGGUCAAGCUGUCAAACUCGUAGCCAACGAAAGCAGAUUCCAAUCUGCUCCGACGGCUGCCGGAGGAGUGUGCUAUGCAAAGGAAGUCUCUGCACCGUUCCGCAACACGACCAAUCCUCAGUAUCAACGCCAAUCUCUCGGUGCGGAGUACGCUACGCCUCUGAUUAAAGCUUUCCAGCAACCACAGUGUCCACAGCCGUUACAAGCUAGCUCGCAAGGGUCCAAUUCGAAUGCCUGCUAUGCGAGUAAUCGCACCCACAACAUACUGAUGCCCAAUAACUAUGGUCUUCGCAGCAACAUCUCUAACUCAUCGUUGUUUCCUCCCAUGGCUUUUGGGCCUUCGGUCGGACUGCUCAAGGCUGACGGAUUCGGUGCUCCUGUGGAGAAGGAAAAUAUUCAACCAGUGCACAAUGGUUUCGUUGCAGCUUCCAACUUUUCCCAACAUCAAUUGGCGUCAAACAUUUUCCAACUGAACUGUCCGCCCAAGUUAGAGUUGGGCAACAAAGGGCUGUUGGAGCAAUCAGCAGGUCAAUGUCAAUCGUUGAUACCUAAUCGACCUGCUCAGCAACCGAAAUUGGCAGUCGGCUGGAAGAAGAGUGAAAACGUGAAGGAAUCAUUUGACUAUUGGAAUACAGUUAAGGAUGUAGUGUCUGCCUGCUGGGAACCACCGAAACCGGAUACACCGACCGAAUUGAAUCUUCCCUUCUGGCUGGAUCCUGUCUGGAGUGAUUAUUUACAGGGCCUGGACCGCUCUACCUUGUUUUCUGAUUCUGAUGAAAUUCUCAACAUUCCCAUACCGGAGCUGAAAGCAAUCAACAAUCUACCGCCUCUUAACACGCCUCUGGAGCUGCUUUCCGAACACUUGUCGAAAUUUCCUUUCGAUCUUGAUAAAUAACGGACAGAUAUGAUCCUUGCCUUCCUGUCAGCCGCGGGACAAUUGAGAGCCUGAACCCUUCACGCGGUGACAUCCUUAUCCCAACCGGUUGAUCGACUGUAUGCUGUAUUUUUGGGUCAUUUGAAUCUGAUAGAGCCCCCUUGGUCGAGAAGGAUCAUCAUGCUGCUGGUUCGAAAUCUUUCUCUGGAAACGAUCAUUUUCCUUAAGAGAAGGAUAUUGACGGUUUGAAUUGUUCGUGGAAGCCGGUUGCGGUAGGAUAAGAAGCAUUCCCCUGAGCCUGAUUCCUGUGAUGAUGUGAGGUGUGCUUCAGCGGUGACGUGUUAGCGUAUAAGCAUCCCAACGUACCUUUUCCCACUGCGUCAGAAUUUAAGCCAGUUAGAAUUUAAGUCCAAAAAUUGAUCGUACCGUUUUAAUUUAUACUACCUAUGCAUAUUUAGAUAGCAAAAGGAGAGACAGUGUGCCGAUGCAGCGAACUUUACCGGAGUCCCGAAUGGUUUGUAGAAUUGUGACUAGUCAAGGAAUAAGGCCGCGGAUGAGAAGGAUACGAGCUCUGAUGGGACGAGUGUGUGACAUUGUUUAACAAAAAGUAUUACUCGGUUGGAUGAAUAAUCUUGCCUUCCGGUUCGCUUUUCUGGUCAAAAGUGAACACUGCUACAAUGCCGGAUGGCGAAGAUGAACUGCGAGAGCGAAAUAUGUCAUUACUGGCGCAGAAGCAGGCCCAAGCAAGCGAGCAAACCAAUCAUAGACAGUUUGAAUGUACGUUCGCUGUAGUAAACUCCCCCAGAUCCUGAGCUCCCGUGCCGUGCCAGAAGCAGUUGAAUCCCUUUUUCGCUAGGAAAUAAUAUUUUAGUUUAGUGUGUGUAUGUGUGUGUGUAAACGAUUUUAACCGUCACAAUUAAUAAUUUAUUCUACCGCCAUUGUGGAUAAAAUGCCAAUCGUCAUAUGGUGGUUUGUGUUGUUGCAUGUGAUUGAUUUUAAAAUUGUGGUUCUUCCUAUGCGUAGCAGUAAUUUUAAUAUUUCUGGCGAGCGGCAAUUGGCUCCAUAGGCAGCUUUAAACGAGGAUAAUUGUAAGCGAAUUGCUCUCAAUUUUGUGCUUGUUCGUUAGGGAGUGAAAUUCAUCCGUUAAAUUAUUGAUUGCAUGGAUCAUUGUAAUGUUUAAGGAAGAAAAUGUCUCAUUGUGGAUGAUAUUUAAGAACCAUCGGUUGUCAUUAUACAUUAAGUAAUGAAAGGUUUGUCCAGGAAUUUUAACUUUACCUAGUUUUAAGAGUCAUGGUUGUUAAAAUAUCAUAUAAUGUUAUGUUUUUUGUAAAUGCUCUGUUCCUAGUGCAAGUGUGCACCAACACCACCAUCAUCCGGAAACGAACGUAGUUAGCUUUGAAUUUGUCUGAAAAAUCUUGCGUUGAGGCUCACUGCAAGGAGCUGCCCUUUAUCAUAAAUCUUUCUAAAUUAGUGUUCGUGUUAUUGUUAUUAUCUCAUAACUGCUAACAACAUCACUGAAUCGCUAGUACAAAACCAGCAGCAGAUUUAUUUUCGCUGAAUGACUCCAUUAAAGGAGUUGAAUGUGUUGAGCUUCUCGGUUUGACGCGACGAGUGCCUAUCAGGCAACACGGAAUGAGUGCCAGUCGGGCUACACUUUGUACAACACACACACACACUUUAACUUUGAAUAAAGAUUCAUUCCUGCAUCAAGCGUA